GUAAGCGUCGCGCCCUAACAUAGACUGAUUUAGGCUUGAAUUCUACCAAUUUCACAGAACGAAAAGAAAUCGAGCAGUGUUAUAUUUGUAUUUGUAGUUGUUUAGCCCGUGUCUCGUCUGUAAUUCUUUUCGAAAUUUGCAAGCGGUACAUCAAUGCCUUCGACCUUAUCUGAGAGCGUGGAGGAUAUGGGUAGAGAAAAAGACACCGGUAGAGCUUAGGGUAUCGGUUGAACUUCAGGACGAAGCACCCACCAUUGCAAUACCAAUGGUACCUGAGACAGAUCUUGAUCGCGGCAUCGUAGGAUGGAAUGGACAAGCCGAUCCUGAGCUGCCAUGGAAUUUCUCCAAAUUUCAAAAAUGGUCUCUCCUGGGACAGAUCUCUGCGAUAACGUUCAUCUCGCCGCUAGCUAGCAGUAUUUUUGCUCCUGGCCUGUCAUAUAUGGAGGAGUUUCACAACUCCGACAAUCUCCUGGCCAGCUUCACAGUAUCUGUGUUCAUUCUUGGAUACGCUAUCGGACCCCUUUUUCUCGCUCCUGUAAGUGAGAUGUGGGGACGACGACCUGUACUCUCGACCGCCAACGGCUUUUUCACUGUGUGGCAGAUUGGUUGUGCCCUGGCUCCUAAUUUAGGAUCUCUUAUUGCAUUUCGCUUUCUCGCCGGAUGCGGAGGAGCGGGAGCUCUUACUUUGAUUGGAGGAGUCACGGCAGAUCUUUUUGUCCCACAAGAACGCGGCCUUGCGAACUCCAUCGCCGCUGUUCUCCUCAUUGCCUCCGCAACAAUCGGUGUACUUCUCGAAAUAUUCAACAAAGAAACAUACGCUCCUGUUCUGAUUGCCCGAAGGACAUCUCGUCUCCGCAAAGAACUAAAUCGUACCGACCUUUACUCUUGCUACGAGGAUAGAGAGCAGUCUCAGACCCCUUCUGCGAGAUUCAAACAAGCUUUAAGUCGACCCCUGCGCAUGUUAUUCCUUUCCCCAAUUAUUGCCAUAUGUUCUUUCUAUGUGGCUGUCAUUUACGGAGAGCUUUACCUACUGCUCACUACAGUGUCAUCUGUCUACCAAUCGAGCUACCAUUGGGCGCCAGAACUCACGGGCUUAGCAACGCUAGGUAUUGGUUUAGGCUCCAUAGCUGGACUUGCGUUCGUUGGCAGCACAUCCGACAAGACCGUUGCAAUUCUGACGCGCAAGAACAAUAACAUAUACGAGCCUGAGAUGCGGCUUCCUUCCAUGAUCUUUUUCGCAAUGCUGAUUCCAAUCGCCUUCUUUUGGUAUGGUUGGACAGCAGAAAAACAUGCUCAUUGGAUUGUCCUAAUGCUUGCUCAGAUACCCUUCGGACUCGGGAUUAUGGGAAUAGCCUUUCCUAUUCAGAUUUAUCUUAUUGAUGCGUUCUCACUGCAUGCAGCGAGUGCAAUGGCUGCUUUGACUGUGAGUCGGAGCUUGUUCGGUGCACUACUUCCACUACCGGCACCUAGAAUGUACAAAGCUUUGGGACUCGGUUGGGGAAACUCGAUAUUAGGUUUUCUUGCGGUAUGCAUGAUACCAGUGCCUUACGUACUAUGGAAAUUUGGCGGUAAAAUUCGGAAAGAACACCCAAUCGUGCUGUGAUAGUCUCCAACACAGAUAAAUCUGGAAGAGCUUAAUGAAUGGCUUUUUGAGUAUUAGAUUGCUUGGCAUCAUGUAUCAAAACAAGAGAUUUGAUAGACAACUGCAAAGUCCCAAUAAGCUCAGUAUGAGCG